AUAAACGACCACCAUCUCCGUUCAACUUCAUUCCUCGACAUGGCAACAGCUACAGAGGUUUUUUCUGUUAACGGCUUAGAUUCGAGUUCUACGAGUUCAUCAAUGUCCAUUCGAGCUACCAAGCGUAAAUUCGACGAUGCGCUUCAAAGCCUCGACAGUGCCGUAGCUCCAGCAAAACCAUUAAUUGAAAGGCCAACGGCUCCCAAGCGACCACACAUGACCCGUUCCCUCUACUCUACGCUCGCCAAGUACGGUAUCAAGUCCAACGUACCAAAACCACCCAUCGAUACCCCGGAUAAGCAUGAUAUUUCCAAGAGUGCUCCUCACCUGGCUGCGAUUCUGGCCCGCUCCAAGACCAAAGGAGCUACCCCUUUUGCACACCCCAGUGUUCCAGCAUCAGCUUCACUCGCCUCGGAAUAUCGGCCAUCAUCUACUCAGUCAUUUUUGUUCCGUCUAUCGACCUACAAGUUGGCGACAUACGCUAACAAGCCUCCCCAAAUCGACGCUGUGGCUGCAGCGAAGUGCGGUUGGAUAAACGAUGGCAAAGACAGACUAGUGUGUGGGAUUUGUGAUGUUUCAUGGGUUGUCGCGGGGCGAGACGGCAUGACACGAGAAGCCGCCAAUACGCUUGUUGAGAAGCAGCGCAUUCAGUUAGUAGAGAUGCACAAGGACGGAUGUCCUUGGCGUACUAGGCAGUGUGAUGCAUCGAUUUACCGCGUGCCGCUUCAAGCACCGGCUGCCAUGGCACGGGACAUCAAGUCCAAUGCGCUCACUUUAGAGCCGCUGUUGACAGAUGUGGUGAUCAAACAUCCACUGUCGGCUUCUCAGAUUUCCUCCCUUCGUUCAGCAAUUGGCUCACUCAAGCCUGCUCAGGCGCAGCCAGAGGCCGAGGACGAGUCUGCCAUGCAAACUGAUGCAGACCCUGAGCCAUCGGAUACUGCAAUCGUGACUGCCCUCUUUGGCUGGUCAUUGGCUCCGCCUUCUCCUCCCUCGGAACGCAAUCGCACUACGUCUCUUUCUCGGAUAGCUACAACGUCCAGACCAGCGUCCCCGUCUCUAUCUAGAACUUCAUCAAUUUCGCGUCGUACCGUUCAAUGGGGGCGGGGAGAUUCGCCGUCCCCGAUGCCCUCUUCGCCCCUUAGUAGUAUCUCGCAGAUUGGAGGCACACCUAUGCGCGCGCGCACGCCACGGUUGAGCGACAUUAGCGGGAGAAGCGCCCGGGACACAUCUCUUCUACACUGUUCCUUGUGCCAACGACGCGUCGGCCUCUGGGCAUUCACACCUCAGUUUCCUCAAAUACCACAAGACGGCAGCUCGCCGCCACGUCCGAAGGAGAGGCACUUUGAUCUGCUGAAUGAACAUCGGUCGUAUUGUCCAUACGUCGUCCCCUCAACGGUGGUGCCGAAGCUGCCCAUGCCUCCUACUUCGCCUGUUUCUGUGAACGCAUCGGCAGAUGGCGCAAUAGGGGGGUGGCGUGCUGUGCUGACCGUUGUACUUCGACACGGGCUGAGUGAGCGACAGCGCAAUGCGCGCUUAUCACUGCUUGGAGGGGAUAAUGAAGUAAUGCCUGGAAAUGAUGAGCUUGAGGGUGUAGAAGCUAUGGUAGCGGGGGUAAAGAGCAAAGGGGGACGAGAACUAUUGAAUUAUGUCAAAGGACUGUUGGGUUGAUGUGUGUUUUGUAUUCAUGCUUGCUUGUGUUCCCAUCGUUUGAUCGAACAAAUGCAUAUGUAUUCCCGAUCUGACCGAAGAUAUCAAUUUCAAGAUCACGAUAAAACAUACAUACAAGUAGGGAUCUAGUCUACGUCUAUUGGUACUAUCUGCGGAAACAACAGUAUGCAGGCCUGAACCACACGAAAAGGAAUUCCGGAUCAAUAUAAAGCUCCUUCAUUUAAACCUGUCUACUUGUCUCUAUAUCUUUCAAAGAAAUAUUACUCCUCUCGCACAUUCCGCGGAAAACCCCACCUUCCAUCUUGAAUAGAUUGGAUGGAGUGUCAAAUUCCUUUACAACAAGGCCGGCCUCG